UUUCUCAUCUCCAACGACUUAUAGCAACGACGGGGGUGUGAUCAAGAGAGCAGGGAAAAGUGGGAGGGAAGGAUCCAGGACUUUUUCAUCAGAGCAGUAUAUGGGUGGCAUGAGUAAUAGACUGACCUCACUCAGACAGAUCCCCAGACAACACCCAGCAUUACCUGCACUGGGCACAGCAUAGAGCUUCUCUCCUCAGUGUUGAAACUUGUCAAGACAACACCGCCUGCAGCAUCAUGUUGCAGACAAUCAAAGACUGGCUGUGGUGGGAACGUCUGUGGCUUCCAGAGAAGGUCUCCUGGGCAGAUAUCCAAGACAAAGAAGACCGUACUUAUGCCAAAGCCUCUCAACUUUAUGCAGCUGUGCCCUGUGCCCUCUGCCUACUAGUUGUCAGAUACCUCUUUGAAAGAUACUUGGCCACACCUCUGGCUAAUGCUCUGGGGAUCAGAGACAAGGUACGUCUCACAGCCGAGGAAAACCCAACCCUAGAGAAGUACUUCUACAGCCAAUCCCGGAAUCCGUCACAGGCUGUUGUUCGGUCUYUGUGUAAGAAAACCGGCUGGCCAGAGAGGAGAGUAGAAGUGUGGUUCAGGAGGAGGAGGAAUCAGGAUCGACCUGGGCUUCGGAAGAGGUUCUGUGAAGCCAGUUGGAGAUGCUGCUUUUAUCUUUGUGCAUUCCUUGGAGGACUUUUAGCCCUUUACGAUAAACCUUGGUUUUAUGAUCUAAAAGAGGUUUGGGCAGAAUUUCCUAAACAGUCCAUGCUCCCGUCACAGUACUGGUAUUAUACCUUGGAAAUGGGCUUCUACCUUUCUCUGCUCCUCAGCCURACGUUUGAUGUGAAAAGGAAGGAUUUUAAAGAGCAGGUGAUUCACCAUGUAGCCACAAUGACACUUCUGAGUUUCUCCUGGAUUUCUAACUACAUUCGCAUUGGCACUCUUGUGAUGGYUGUUCAUGACUCUUCUGACAUCCUGCUUGAGGGAGGAAAGUUGUUUAACUACGCCAAAUGGGAGCAGACUGCUAAUGUUAUGUUUGUAAUAUUUACACUUGUCUUCAUGGUGACAAGACUUGUUAUUUUUCCUUUUUGGCUCAUCCACUGUACAUGGGUGUACCCAUUGGAGAGGUUUGACCCCUUCUUUGGCUACUAUUUCUUCAACAUCAUGUUAAUGGUUCUACAAAUUCUACACGUCUACUGGGCUUUUCUAAUAACAAGAAUGGCUUACAAGUUUGUCUUCAGCAAGCAACUGGACGGCGAUGUUCGGAGCGAUGAAGAGGAGGACGACAGUGAUUCGCAAAAGAAUAUAAAACACAAAAUGAAUCAUAUUAAUGGUGCCAUGAAUGGUGCCAGAGAUCGAGCUAACGGUCACUGACGUAUACAGAGAAAAAAGGAGCAUCAACCAUGACAGAUGGACACUUUCUACUUGGGAGUGCUUUGGUUAAAAUAUUGAGAAUUCAGCGAAGGGAUAUUGCAUUUGAAAGAACUGUGAAGAAACCUAAAUAGUGUGAUUUUCUUUUAGCCCUAAUUAAAAUUUAGGAUUAGCUCUUUCAUGAGUUACAAAUUGGCGUCAUAACAAAAAACAAAAGUCAUAUCUGCCUUUUUAUGCUGUAGUAGUUGAUCAAACUUUAUGUAUUUAUUACAUUUUAUGACCGUGUUCGUGUUUUUAGAACGCUGCAAAUCAGUAUUUAUUUUUGUCUUGUUUGGAAGGUAGGCCAUGAAAGAUUGAUGUCCUGUGUAAUACCAGCACGCCCCCUAGCGACAGCUGGAGAGACGCGGUUAGAGCUCGUAUCUAGGGAAACCGUCUCUAUAGAAACCGCGUGUAGCUUAAAACUGUGGUUAUCGAAAUCUGUUAGCAUACUGGCUGGUGUGUUUGUGUGUGUUUGUUAACGUUUCAUAGCUGUUGUCAAAAUGACUUACCAGCGACAGUAUCAGCCUAAGGUGAAAACCGGAAACUGGUUUGAAGACCUGGUCCUAAAGGAGGUUUGUUGAAAAGAAAAUGAGGACAUAUUAUCUGAGCUAGCCGUCACGUUGAAAUAUUUUUGCUAAAUCAGUAAGGGUGUAGAAAAAAUUUAAAUAAAGAGUCUAGAGUGUACCGGUAAACUAAAAGGGUUUUAAUUUAUUUCAUAUUUUUAUAUUUAGCUUUUUCAUUAAAGUUAACCUCAUAGCUAAAACGGUAGUUAAAAAAAUGUCACUUGUAUUAAUUUGUGCAUGAUCAAAGUUUUUCCCAAAUUCUUCUUCUUCUUCUAUUUUUUUUUUACUCAGUUUGAUUUACCAAGUUGUGAAAAUGUUUCACUGAUACAAAUAUGAAGUGUACAUUUGUGUUCACCCUACUUUCAUUUUACACCCCAAAAUAAAAUCCAGUGCAUCAAAUUGC